AUGAAGAGCGACAGGAAAGGUGGUUCUCAUAUUUGGAGCUACAGGUGGAGUUGGAGGACAAGGGCAUGGGCACAAGCAGGUGCAAAAGGAAUUAUUCUUGCCGGGCGAACGGAGUUGCGACUGAAGGAACCAUCUGAUGCUGUCAAGAAGUUGUCCCCAUCAACGAAGGUGAUAGCAGUUCCGACUGAGGUGACUUCUGAGCAAUCUGUCAAAUCUGUCUUUGAAACUGCCCUAGUUUCUUUUGAGAGGAUUGACGUAGUUAUGAAUGCAUGCGGGGUCAUGAACAAUGGCCAUAAAACUGGAGAAAUUGAGCCGUCACAGUGGUUCAGAGACUUUGAAGUUAAUGUUAAAGGAUCCUACAACAUUGCCCAUAAUUUCAUCAAGUCAGGCGGUGGGCAAGGGACUAUAAUUUUUAUUGUUAGCAUGGGCGCAUCAUUCACAGUACCCGGUAUCAGCUCCUACUCAGCAAGCAAACUAUCAGUCAUUAAGUUGGCUGAAUAUUUGGAUGCUGAACACCCCCAGCUUCGAGUAUUCGCUAUACAUCCCGGUAUACUCCAGCAGACCGAGACCAAGAGAGGCAUGGUUGUUGACACAUUCACCCCGUUUGCCCGCGAUAAGGGUAUCAUGACAGGCGGAAUUACCUUAUACUUUGCUGGUCCUACAGCGGAGCAUUUACGGGGCUGUUUCUUCAGUGCAAACUGGGAAUUAGAUGAGACUGCAGCCCACAAAGAGGAAAUUAUAGAUCAGAAGCUUCUGAAGCUUUCUUUUCUCCACGCGAAGCUCUCACCCGAAGGCCAUCCAUGGGGUUCUAAAUGAUUGUAUAGACAGCAUCCCAUAGUUC